UUAGCGGCGCGGUUGUUGCUGUUGCUGUGCUGGACGUGCAAGUGCAGUCUGCACCUGUUGGGUUUCUGCCUGUCGCGUGGAGAAAUUGCACCGGUUGGGUUUCUGCCUGCUGUGUUGCUCUUAAGUGCGUGUGACGUUGCGGGGAGGUCUCCUUUGGGAUUUGUUUCUGCCCUUGGAGGAGGAGGCAUUGGGUGGGUGACAGAUCCCAGCCAUGCCCCUUUCAACCCAAGGGGAAACCCAAGGGGAAGAGCAGAAUGUGCUGGUUGCAAGUCUUGACAAUGUCAGAAACCUCUCCACCAUCCUGAAAGCUGUUCAUUUUAAAGAUCACGCCACCUGCUUUGCAACUGCAAAUGGACUCAAGGUCACAGUGGAAAAUGCCAAGUCUCUGCAAGCCAAUGCUUUUAUUCAGGCAGGGGUUUUCCAAGAAUUUACGGUACAAGAAGAAUCUGUGAUGUUCAGAAUCAAUCUAGCUGUCCUUCUAGACUGCUUGACCAUAUUUGGGACAAGUUCUUUGUCAGGCACUCAGACAGCCCUCCGGAUGUGCUAUCGGGGUUAUGGUUACCCUUUGACGCUUUUCCUGGAGGACGGUGGUGUGGUGACUGUAUGCAAAAUCAACACUCAGGAACCAGAAGAGAUCCUCGAUUUUGAUUUCUGCAGCACAAAUGUUGUGAAUAAGAUCAUCCUGCAGUCAGAGGGGCUCCGAGAGGCAUUUUCCGAACUAGAUAUGUCCAGCGAAGUAUUGCAGAUUACUGUAUCUCUAGAAAAGUCUAAUUUGAGACUUUCCACUUUUGGGAAUGCUGGAAGCACACAUCUAGACUACCCUAAAGAUUCAGACUUAAUUGAAGCCUUUCACUGUAACCAAAGCCAGACAAACAGGUAUAAGAUUGCAUUACUCAAGCCAUCAACUAAAGCACUAGUUUUAUCCUGCAAGGUGUCUAUUCGAACAGAUAACAGAGGCUUUCUCUCACUGCAAUACAUGAUCAGGAAUGAGGAUGGACAGAUCUGCUUCGUAGAGUUUUACUGUUGCCCUGAUGAGGACGUAACUGAAGCAGAGAUUUAGCUGUGAAGUACAAACUGUUAUUUUGUUCCCCCUUUAUUAAAAGCCAUAUUGGAUGCUCAGCUGUUAAACAAUGAAUGAAAGCUUGGACAACAAUUGUGAGAUUUACUUACCUCUGUUUUAGAGGCAAGAUCUAUUGCAAUGGGUAAUUUGGCCUCUUGACAUGUUUGGAAAGAGUCAUUGUGUAUGGUGAAGCUUUUUUGGCAAGAAAUAUAGAACGACUAUUCUGA